CUUAGUGACCCACGAAACCCUAGCUUGCAAGGCCAUCUCCAAAGCUCAUAUGGACACAAAGGUAAUUAAUAUUAUAAUUAAAAAUAUAUACUAAUCAACUAGCAAUAAUAAUAAUAAUAAUAAUAAUUAUAAAAUGUUAUUGUACAUAUAUGUAGGAGGAAAUUGAGAAUAUAUAUAAUGAGGUGACUAUCAUGAUGAAGUUGCCAGAUCACCCAAACAUUGUGAAGUUAAAAGCAUUUUGUGAGGACAGAAACAACUUUUACCUAAUUAUGGAGCUUUGUAAAGGAGGCGAGUUGGUGGAUCUAAUUAAGGCUAAAAACUACUUGAGUGAGGCAGAGGCAGCUCCUGUGGCUAAGAUGAUAGUCAAGGCAAUCAUGACAUGUCAUACUAAUGGGAUCAUGCAUAGAGAUUUGAAGCCUGAAAACUUGUUGUUCCUUAACAACAAACAAGACUCGCCUCUCAAACUCAUUGAUUUUGGAUUUUCUGCCUUUUUUAAGCCUAAUCAAAGGUUUUCAAAUAUAGUGGGGACUCUGUAUUAUGCAGCCCCAGAGAUUUUGAGCAAAUGGAAGUGUCAUGGGCCAGAAGUGGAUAUUUGGAGUGCUGGAGUUAUCAUUUACAUUAUGUUGUGUGGUAAUUUCCCAUUUUAUCCUGAAUUCUCAGAUGAUUCAAGUUAUGAUCAUAGCAUUACUCAGAUGAGUUGUGCUAUUUUAAAAGGGGACAUAGAUUUUCAAACACAGCCGUGGCCUCGAAUUUCUGAGAGUGCUAAGAGUCUUAUAAGGCAAAUGCUAGAGCGUGAUCCAAAAAAGCGUUUAACUGCUCAACAAGUUCUUGGUAAUUAACUACUACUAAUCUAUGAAUAUAUAUUUUUUGUUUUCUAAUUAUUAAUUUUAUUUUUUUUAAUUAACUUUAUUAAUAUUGGUUAUUGUGUUUAUUAUUGCAGAAUACCCUUGGAUUCAAAAUGCAUAACAUUACCAAAUGAUACUGAUUCAGUCUCUUCUAAUAUAUGCUUUUCUUUUCGGUCUCAAUUGUUGUAACAAAGAGUUCAAUUCAAGAUGAUCGAUGAAGAAGAAAAUACUCUUGUCUUAAUUGUAAUAAUCAUUUACUUUUAUGUAUUUAACACUUUGUUUUGUUUGGAUUAAUAUUGAUUAUUUCACAACAUUCUAUUUCAUUUGUAUCAUUUAUUUCAACUCCAACUCUUUAUUUAUUCAUAUAUGUAUGUGUGCUAUUCUACUUAAUUAAUUAAUUUCUAUACAACUAUAACAAACCAAAUGUCUUCAGUUCUCUUGUUCAAAAUAAAUAAAUAAAUUGUCAGUUCUCAACCUAGCUAGCUAUAUAAGUACCAAUAACCCAUAUAAUAAUUAAGACUCUUCCUUCAUUCUUCAAAUAUAAAACAUCUUAUUAUUAGAACUAAAAAAGCACGCGUAAAUUUGGUUUUCGAAGAUUUGUCUUUUAGAUUAGAGCUACAAAAACAUUUUGAACUUUUGACAAGGCACGAACCAAACAUGCAUGAGUUUGGAGGCACAAACAAGCGACACAACAAAAUAUAUAUAGAUUUGGAUCAAAUACAACACAAUGAUGUAAAUUGGUAUAGACAUGAUGUAGGCUUGAGUAUGACACGAUAGAUUCAAAAUUGUAAUAAUUAAGAAAGCACAAUCAUAUUAAUACGAGAGCACGACAAAUAAGCACGAAUAUAUAUAAAAGCCUAAGUCCAUGACACAUAAAAUGUCUAAAUUAAAUUCAUAAAGAGUUCGUUUGGUACGCAGGAUUGGACUGCAUUAGACGUGCUAACUUAUCCA